AUGACUCUCUUGGAUUGUGAUUUUGAUGAAAUACUCGACCAAUUCCUUAACGUCGACCUGACUUCGGUAUCUGAAGACUUUGAUGUCGGUCCAGUGUUAGUGAAGCUUUUAAACGAGAGAAAGUAUUAUGAAAUGUUGACGGUUUUACCUUCAAUGAACAAAUUAGUGUUAGCAUCACCAAACACCAGGUUGAUAUUGGCAUUAAUGUUAUUCCAUUUAGGUAGAGUUCAUGGUGGGUUAAGGCAAUUGUGCAUAGCCAUUGAAAUUCAACCUGAUUUGUUUGAAAGAGAGAGAUUAUUGAAUUAUCUACUUAGGUGUUUCAAUUGUUUGAAGUUGAAUGGGGACAUUAUCAGGAGAGAGAUCAGAGAAGUUAGGGAACUUAGACCUAUUUUGCAUAGUAUAGAACAUCACUACGAAAAGCUCACAGACGAACCAAGGGUGGUAGAAAUCUUAUCGGUAGAACAACAAACUUCACGAUUUUUGGAAGCUGGGGGGAUAUUACCUGAAGAAUCUUUGGGCAGGAUCACGUUACAAAACCACAAACAAGUUCAAAGAUUCAAUGAAUGUUUAAUGUCAUGGAAAAGUAACAAAUCUCCUAUUGACCCUUUAAAGAUCCUCAUCCAAUGUAUCACUGCAUUCUGUCCUUUAGAGAUCUAUCAACUUGACCACAAAUUGGUUAAAUCUUAUAUUGACUGGGAAAUAUCCAAAUACCCUGAAAUCGACUUGACUAUGACCAUCAAAGGUUUGAUCAAAUGUUUGAAAGGGGUAUGUAAAACCCCCAAUACCUUUGCUUCUAUCGUUAACACCGUUAUCAAAAUGAAGCUCGCCCUUGGAUUCUUAGCCUUCUUAACCGAAGAUUACCAGGAUUCAUCAACUUAUUUCAUAUGGCUCAUUACCUUCAUCUCCACCGUUCAAAGGAAAUUUCCUUCCUACAUCGACAAAACUGAAUAUCUCACCAUUCAGAAUAAACGGACUUGUUGCAUAUUCCUCACCAGAUGUAUAGAGCACGGUGAUAUCUUAUUUGAAGAAGAUAUCUUCAAUCUUCUAGCUUCUAAGUUGGUCAACGAUGACAUAAUCACUAGCGUUGAGUUUUCCAAUAACAGAUUAAGUAGUUUUUUCAUAUCCUGCGGUUACGUUCUUGAACGACUCAGUAACUCCAAAGCCAAAGUUCUUGACCUCGACGACAUUACCGUUAAAAGGUGGGACAAGUGUCUUAUAGGUGAGAUGUUAAGGAAAUAUGUCCUCGCUUCAACUUUCACCCCAUCUGAUGAUCCCCUUAUAAUCGAAAUCAUCGAUAGAGUCAUAUGGGGUUUGUUGUUAUAUGGAGGGAUUCAUCUUCAAACUCUCUGGUUCUUCCAGAACUUAAGGAACUAUUUCCUCAUUGAAAACGAGUUCAAACCAAUCUUUAUUCAUCCUCAACACAACUAUCACCUACUCAAACGUCCUCAUGUCUAUAAAAACUUACAGAGAAUAUUGAAUGAGAUGUACGAGUUAUCAUUCCAAUUGACUGAUGUAGAAAAGGAAGAUAUUUGGGACCUUAACAACAAAGAGAUGUUCCUUAUCCCCACAGCUUUUACAUGUAAUGAUAAGAUUUAUCUUAUGGAUCAUUUUUACGAUGAAACCUUUCUUUGUUAUAAAUCAGAGAACUUCAGCCUUGACCAAAGUCAUAUCAGUGUCAAGUUGAAAAGUACUUGUAAGUUUUCCCAUAAGAUCUUGAACGAACAGUAUGACUUUAGUAAAUCACUCAUUGACCUUUGGGUGAGCAACUAUACCAAGUUCCAUUCAUCAUUACCAUUUGUAGCUGAAGGAGUGCUUUAA